AUGAGUGAUCAAUUUGAUGAUGAUGAUUUUGUGGAUGGAGAAGAAAUCUAAAAUAAUAAUCCAAGCAAUUAAGUAUAAAUUAACACUGAUCAAUAAAUUCAAUCUAAAAAAGUUGAGGAAAUGGAUGAUGAUGAUGAAGAAUAAAUAAUUAUUACAGAUGAUAAUUAACCAAUUCAAAUAUAAUAAAAUAUUUAAAAUGAUGAAAUUCAAGUACAAUUCAUAGAGCAAACUUAAAACCAAGAAUAUCAUAGUUCAAAGAGUAUUGAAAAUUAAUAAAUUAUUGAAUAAUAAUAGGAAAAUCAUUUAGAAGAAGAAAUUUAAAAUUCUGAGAUAGAAUAACAAAUAAUAGCCAAUAAUAAUGAUAUUUAAUAAUCAAAUAUUCAUGGAGAAGAAAAUGAAUAAUAAAAUGAAGAUGAAGAUUAUGAAGAAGGAGAAGAAAUAUAAAUUUAGAACACAGAAGAAAAUAUUAUAAAAAUACAAGAGUAAAUUAAUUAAAUUGAAGAUAAUUAAGUAGAAUAAGCAGAAUAAUAAUAAUAAUAAUAAUAAUAAUAAUAAUAAUAAUAAUAAUAAUAAUAAUAAUAAUAAUAAUAAUAAUAAUAAUAAUAAUAAUAAUAAUAAUAAUAAUAAUAAUAAUAAUAAUAAUAAUAAUAAUAAUAAUAAUAAUAAUAAUAAUAAUAAUAAUAAUAAUAAUAAUAAUAAUAAUAAUAAUAAUAAUAAUAAUAAUAAUAAUAAUAAUAAUAAUAAUAAUAAUAAUAAUAAUAAUAAUAAUAAUAAUAAUAAUAAUAAUAAUAAUAAUAAUAAUAAUAAUAAUAAUAAUAAUAAUAAUAAUAAUAAUAAUAAUAAUAAUAAUAAUAAUAAUAAUAAUAAUAAUAAUAAUAAUAAUAAUAAUAAUAAUAAUAAUAAUAAUAAUAAUAAUAAUAAUAAUAAUAAUAAUAAUAAUAAUAAUAAUAAUAAUAAUAAUAAUAAUAAUAAUAAUAAUAAUAAUAAUAAUAAUAAUAAUAAUAAUAAUAAUAAUAAUAAUAAUAAUAAUAAUAAUAAUAAUAAUAAUAAUAAUAAUAAUAAUAAUAAUAAUAAUAAUAAUAAUAAUAAUAAUAAUAAUAAUAAUAAUAAUAAUAAUAAUAAUAAUAAUAAUAAUAAUAAUAAUAAUAAUAAUAAUAAUAAUAAUAAUAAUAAUAAUAAUAAUAAUAAUAAUAAUAAUAAUAAUAAUAAUAAUAAUAAUAAUAAUAAUAAUAAUAAUAAUAAUAAUAAUAAUAAUAAUAAUAAUAAUAAUAAUAAUAAUAAUAAUUAAUUCAUAAUAGCGAUACAGAAUCAGAAGAAGAAAUUAUUGUAUUAGAUAAAGAGGAUAAAUUAGAUGAAGAAGAACAAUAAAAAAUUGAUGAAGAUGACUUUGUGAGUGGAGAAGAGAUUGAAAUAUAAAAUGAUAAUUAAGAAGUUAAAUAAAUAUAAAAUAAUGAUGAUGAUGAUGAUGACGAAUUUGAAGAAGGUGAAGUAAUUGAAGAAUAAGAGGAUAAUACAAAUCAAAUUAAGGAGGAAAAUGAUUAAACUAAUAAUCUAAAUUAGGUAAAUUACUAUUCAAUAUUUAGAGAAUGUCUUCUGUUAAUAAAUAUUAAAUUGAUCAUUUAUACAAUGAAUUAUGUUAAGGAUUUUAAUGUCCUCUCUAAAAGAAUUUCGAUUUAGAUUCAGUGUAAUAAUUUUUGAUUUUUAAUAGGCCUGCUAUAUAAUUUAGUUCAAUUGAAACUGCUUUAGAUAAAAAUAGUGUGAAUUAUCUUCUUGAAAGAGAGUAAUAUAAAAUAAUAUAAAAGAUUAUAGCAUGGAUAAGUCUAGAAAGAUUUCAAUAGUAUGACAACUCCAUCUAAAAUCAAUAUUAAUGAAAUAGGAGUAUCAUAAGAAUUAAAAAAUGCAUUCCUUGAUUAAAUUAAACUCUAUACAUUAAUAUGGACCAAAUAUUAACCAUACAUUUAGUAUUUAUAAUUAUAAUGAUUAGAAUGUCUGACUAAUAUAAUUUUGUAAUUGAAUACCCAAUGUUUGAAUAUGUAGAUGUUUCUUCAGACAAGUCUCCAGUUCCAAGAGGUGGAACUUCUCAAUUUUAAUUAAAUGAUAUAGGAAGACCAGGAUUGUAAGAGAUAUUAGAUUUAAUUCCUGAUUAUUCUAAACUUUUAGAACAGACUUUCUCAAAUGAAACAUGA